AUGAGUUUACCCCUCAAUCCCAAACCUUUCCUCAGCGGAUUAACGGGAAAGCCAGUGGUGGUGAAACUUAAGUGGAGGAUGGAGUACAAGGGCUUCCUGGUAUCUGCAGAUGGCUCUAUGAACAUGCAGCUUGAAAAUACAGAAGAAUACAUAGAUGGAGCAUUGUCUGGACAUCUGGGUGAAGUUUUAAUAUGGUGUGAUAAUGUCCUUUAUAUCAGAGGUGUUGAAGAAAAGGAAGAAGAUGGGGAAAUGAGAGAAUAG